AUGCUCUCAUCCACACCGGCUAUUCCUCUGCAGAGCAUUGACCUCGACCAGAAUGGGCGGCGGCUUAGCUUACGUACGGCUGGCGGCCUCGAACUGUUCACCAACCGCGACGCACUCCCGUCCCCGGAACACCUAACUCCCAUCGACGGCAACACACCGGAUGCGUCGGGCGCUGCGACUCCCAUGUCGGACAACGGCGGCGGGAACAGCCGAAAGGCCUCGCACCUCAACGUGAAAGACUAUCCAGGCGGCGAAGGUCUGCACAAAUCUGACUCGCGCGGCGGACUCUGGCACGACCAGUACGAGAGGAACCCCCCUGCACCUCAGCCACCGCUGUGCGACUCUGAGCAGCCCUCGAGGGCUCCGUCAACCAUUGGCCUGCCGAUCACAGCUGCCGCGACGGCAGUCCGCACAGCCACCGGCACCGGCCCGAUAGCCUCUACGGGGAGGGAGUCCAAUGCCGCUGGUGGGGUUCCAUCGCAGCAACACCGUAAUUACGCAACUAGCGGUGCAUCGAGUCCCUCGUCCCCCACGACCCGUGACGUGCCGCGUCAGGCCAAGAACCAUACUGGUCCGCUGCACGACCUUCGUCGGUUCCUCAACCACCACAUUGGUAACCCCGACAAGGAACGCGCGCACCUCGGUGGUGCGCACACAACAGGGGAGCAGUCGCCUGGAUCUGCAACUCCCAUUUCUCCGUCGGGCGCGGCCACUCCUGGCGCCCAGCUCCGCGGCAGUAACUUCUUCACAUCUGGCGGAAGCGGUUCGACUACCCCUGCCCCAAGCGAGGGCACCCCUGAGAACCGCAAGCCCACUGGUGACAAGGCGGACAAGGAUUCCUACGGCCACCACUCGUCACACCUGGUCGGCUUCAUGCGUCACCACAACCGCGACAAGGAUGGUGAGAAGUCGUACUCGUCGCUGGCCUCGUUCUUCGGACAAUCGGACAAGAAGAAGCAGAAGAAGGAGCGGGAGCGCGCCGAGAAGGAGCGGGAAGCGUCGUCGCGCCCUUCGUCAAGGGCGCCGAGCCGCACCUCGACUCUCUUAAUGCUGGACAAGCCCCACUUGCACGACGACCACCACCUUCCGUCUGGGGCUCACACGCCAUCAAGGGUCCCAGGCCACGCCACGCCCAAGAACCUUAACGACUAUCCUGGCGUACCCGACCCCGUCAUCGCCCUCACGCACCCAUCUUCUAUUGAGGCCACACACGCUCACCUCACCAAGAUGUACGGCAAGUGGGGCCGCGUCCUCGGUUCGGGCGCAGGCGGCACGGUUCGCCUCAUCAAGUCGGACUCGCGCAAAGGCGGCACGACCUACGCUGUCAAGGAGUUCAGGCCACGGAGGCAGGGUGAAGCUGAGAAGGAGUAUCUGCGCAAGGUCACUGCCGAGUUCUGCGUCGGCGUCACGCUCCACCACAUCAACGUCAUCGAGACGGUCGACAUUGUCUGUGACCAUGGUCGUUACUACGAGAUCAUGGAGUACGCACCAUACGAUCUGUUCUCUGUCGUCAUGUCGGGCAAGAUGAACCGGCCCGAGAUCUACUGUGUAUUCCGCCAGAUCAUCGACGGCGUCAACUACCUCCACAGUAUGGGUCUCGCGCACCGUGACCUCAAGCUCGACAACUGUGUCAUGACCAGUGGCAACAUUGUCAAGCUUAUCGACUUUGGCACAGCAACCGUCUUCCAUUACCCCGGGAAGCACCAGAUUCCCGCCACUGGCGUUGUCGGUUCGGACCCGUACCUUGCGCCUGAGGUUCUCACAAAGGAGACAUACGACCCACGCCUUACCGACGUGUGGUCGGUUGCCAUCAUAUUCAUGUGCAUGAUCCUGCGCCGCUUCCCAUGGAAGAUUCCCGACUACAAGACGGACAUGAGCUUCAAGCUCUACGUCAACACCCACCCGGAUCUCUGCAAGAAGCCGGUGGUCAAGACACCCGCUCCCUCUGUGGUUAACGGUCUGGACGGCCCGCACCAGCGUGGAACUGGUCACGAGACGCUCAAGGCGGACGGCUCGUCGACCCUCCCCUUUGUUGACCGGACGACUACCGCAAGUACGGUUGUCCCUGGCCGCAGCGGCACGCAGGAGACGGCGGGUUCCGACUCGAGCGGCGAUGCGCAGACGCCGCGCGUUGACCGCCUACACAUCACUGAAAGUCCCGUGCAGGACGCCUCGGACAAGUACUUCCCACGCCGGCACGACUCGACUGCCUCAUUGCCUGCUAUCGCGGCAGGGCCGUUCGGCCGCCAGAUGCCUGCUAGGCAGCAGACGCUUCCCCAACAGGCUGUGUUUCCGGAUGACGCGUUGGAGGCGAAGACAAAGGCACGCGUGGGUGGUGGACGCGACCGCUCCGUGACGCUGGGUGCGCCCAGCGCGCCAAAAGAGGUGCGGCAGGAGCAGCAGAGGAGACGCGAGCGCGCCGCGAGCAUCAGCUCGACGAGAACGUACACUACGGGCGGUGCCGAGAGCAUCUUCCGCCUACUCCCACGCGAGAGUCGCUCGGCCAUCAUGCGGAUGCUCGCUGUAGAGCCUUCGAUCCGCUGCACGCUCGGAGACCUAAUGUUUGGCGAGGGUCAGGACGACCAGAUGUGCCCUUGUGGCCGCGCCGAGUGUGGCGGCAGCCUGUCGCGGCCGCCAGCAGAGCUGACGGGCGUGGACGAGGACGACGACGAGGGUGACCACUGGAUCCAGAGCAUCGAGUGCUGCUCUCACCACCCUGGCAAGCCCGUCAACCACCAGCACAUCAAGGUCGUGCAGGAGGAGAAGCCGAAGAAGAAGCUCUUCCAUUAG